UUACUACUCUCACGACAUAAACAUUUACAUAUGUCCCUUCCACACUCUUUCUCACUCGACACUUGUUUCUUCCUUUCAUUCUCUUUCUCUUUCUCUUUCGCCCCUUUCUUUCCCAUUCUUUUUCCAUGGACCCCAAGGACGAAUUUGAACUCACAGGGACCACUUUCUCUCAGUUACUAUUCGGAGAUGAUCUCGAUGCAACACCUGCAUUGCCUCUCCCUCACCACCACUGCUCUUACGAUCACCACACCCUCUCCGCUUCGCCUCUUUUCUCCUUUCACAAGCCACCCAAAAUGCUAUGCUUUGGAAACCAUCAAACCCAACCCCACAUUCCUCCCACCAUCGUCACCCCUCAGAAAUCUGUCAUCACUUCUAGUGACUCCUCUUCUGCUUCCUCCUCCAACCACACCAACACCGCCUUCACUUCCCUACCCAAGUCCACUAGUUUGCAGAAAAAGCGGAAUGGGUUGGGACAAGAACCAGUCACCAAGGUGGGUGUUGGAGGCCAGAGACUAACUAAAAAGACCAAGGCAGAGAACCCCACCUCAACCGGACAUGCAAAGAGGAAGGAGAAGCUUGGGGAAAGAAUUGCAGCGUUACAACAGCUUGUUUCUCCCUUCGGCAAGACAGAUACAGCAUCGGUGCUUCACGAGGCCAUGGGAUAUAUAAGGUUUCUUCACGACCAAGUUCAGGUCCUGUGCUCUCCUUACUUGCAAAGCUUGUCAUCGUCACACCACCAACACCAGCACGGUGAUGGAGAAAACAACGAAGAGGAAGUGAAGAAGGACUUGAGGAGUAGGGGUCUGUGCUUGAUCCCAGUGGGAUGCACCGUACACGUGGCGAGUAGCAACGGUGCUGAUUUUUGGUCACCUGGUGCAAUAGGGAACAAAGUUUCACCAUCAGGGAAGAAGUAGUGAAAAGAAAGGAAGAUGAAUGAAUGGUUUUGAAAAUUUGUAGGCUUUUGGGAAAUGGGUUCCUAUGUCUGCCCAAAUUGGAGUUGUACUCAAUAUGACAGCUUAUCUGGAGAUGGAUGGGUAAGGAGGUAAACUGCAGGAAAUGGCAAAGAGGGAUAACAAUUAACAAGAGUGGUUCAAAGUUCACACAUGAGGUACAAAUCAGAGGUCAUGAUUUUGUCCUUAAAUAUGUAACAUCUCUUUUUGAGGUCCUUUUCUCAGGACAACAACUAUAUCUAUAUAUAUUAUCAUUAUUCUAUACAUGGAACCAACCAAAUAUUUUAUCUAGGAUUUAGGGAUGUGUGGCCUUCUACCCUCAACUACCACUCUAGGAUUCCUUCUAUUUUUAUUAUAUAUUUUCUCUCUAAAUUUCGAUUAAAAUUUCACCUGUGUCCAUCGAAACAAUCGUGUUAAGGUAUUUUAUUGUGGGUGUCGUCUCAUGUGACGGGGUUUUUGUAGUGUUGUACAAAAUAAUAUUACGAUAACAGAAUAUCCGCGAAUACGCGUGAUAUUAUGACACCGUUUGAAAGCAUUCGUAAUAGGCUGAUCGUGACUUCGUUGGUAUGAAUGUGAUAUCUGAGUUAUAUAGCAA